AUGCUCCCAUGUUCCUCUAGUUCCCUUAAAGGUCAUUACACCAGCUUCAGAUGGCUUAAGAAUAAUUCAUCAUUAAUAGCAGGAACCAUUGGCAAAUCUAAAAUCAGUGUUCAAGAUGAAACUUACCAAAAUCGGAUUCAAGUGCCAGCAAAUUCUUCAUCUGGGAAUCUCUCAAUCAUAAUCACUGACCUGACAGUGGAAGACCUUGGAAUUUACAGGUGUGAAGCAAAUAGCAAGAACCAAAGUAUCAAAUAUGAAGAGAUUUUUCUUAAUGUUACCAAAGAUGGUGUCUCAAAGCCUGUCAUUAGGCUUCUUCCAGGUCAAAAUGUUACCGAACGUCGAACAGUCAGACUGAAAUGUGAGGUUGCAAGUGGUUCUUUGCCUAUCACAUUUAUGUGGCACAGAAAGAGCAGCAAAACAGAAAAGGCCAAGAAAAUAAAACAUUACCGACAAACGCUGGAGCUCAAUCCCAGCAGGAAAGAGGAUAACGGCCUAUUCUUCUGUAAAGUCAGCAACAAAUUCAGUACGGAGAAGAGCAGCCUGGUGCAGAUUCCACUUUCUGCUCCUGGCACAUCUUCACUGGAAGCUACUGUGAGCAUUCCAAACAACAGCAGUGCUUACAGAUUCCCAUGGGUGGUGAUCACCAUCAGUUCAGCAUUGGUGUUAUUCAUUGUUGGUGUAACAUUGACAGCUAUAUGGAUAGUUAAGAAAAAGAUGAAAGGAAGACAACAGCCACGCUCAAUUCACCUACAGAGAUUUCAAAAAGAUGUCGCUGUGCAAACCAAGGAAGAGGAUUUGGAACAUGGAAAUUAUUGGAGCAAAAAUAUUGACGCCACCUACGCCACCAUUGAUCAUACUAGGCGACUACCUGGACCACCAGUCAAUCCAAGGAACACAUCCAUGCAGUUUACAGAAACUCCCUCAAUAAGGCAUCAACCAUAUACAAAUUUCCAUGUGACAUAUUAAGUAUGAGUAAACAUGAGUUAUGAAGAGCAAAAACUAGAUAAUGUAA